UUGAAAUCUCAUUCAUUGAAUUGAAUUGAAUGAACCCAUGAUUUCUUUAGUUUUCUACUGUAUAAUGCUUACCAUUUUUCUCCUUAACUUCACAUUUCUUAAAUCUCAAUCACUAACAACAUCUAAAAACAUCUCACUUUCAUCUAGGUAUCUUGAUUCAGUUCUUCAAGACUAUGCUUUUAGAUCAUUUUCAGGUCCCCAUCCUAAAACCGGAGUCGUUUACGACGGCAAUGUGACUCCCGAGCUCACCGGAAUCAAAGUCUCCGCCCUUCGCUUGAGAAGUGGAGGCUUAAAGAGAAAAGGGUAUUAUGGGUACAAAGAAUUUGAUAUCCCGACGGGGGUGUUCGAGAAUCCGUACGUUGAACGUUUAGUUUUAGUGUAUCAAAAUUUAGGGAAUUGGACGUCAUUUUAUUACCAAUUACCAGGGUAUAUGUUUUUGUCACCAAUUGUGGGUUUAUUAGCUUACAAUGCAUCACAUUUGAAGGCGAAAAAGCUCCCAGAGCUUGAUAUUCGGGCAUCCAAGAAUCCGAUUUUGAUAAAAUUUGCAUCAUUAGGGGUUAAGUCAAAUAAAUUAGGGGUUAAGCCAAAAUGUGUGUUUUUUGAUUUAUUUGGUGGGGUUGAGUUUGAUCAUGUUGUUAAUGGAAGUGUUUGUUUGAGUUUAAAACAAGGCCAUUUUGGGGUGGUUGUUGAGGAAAAUGUGUCGGAAAAAGGGCCGGUUAAGGAACCGGAGAAUCCGAUUGCUAUUGGUGGUGGUGGUGGUGGUGGUGGUGGUGGGAAUGAUUAUGAGUGGUUGAUUGGUGGGAUGGUGGUGGUGGGAGGUGGGGUUUUUGUGUUGUUAGUGGUGGUUUUGUGGACGUCGAGACGGUGGAAACGGCGAAAGAGGAUGGAGAAAAUGGAAUAUGUGACGGAGGGUGGUGUUCCAUUGGCCGUCUCUGCCGUGGGGAAUGCUAUGAUGCCGGUGGCAAUGGAGACUCGGACAAAACCAAUAUUGGAAAGCGAAUAUGUAACUAUGUAA